AUGGACAACUUCAUGGCACCGCUGAGCGCCGUCGGUGACCUCACACUUCAACACAGCAAGGCAAAGUUCCUGCACAGCAGAAUGAACGGACCCUCCCGGCGCAAACGGGAGUUCAUGCCAGAUGAGAAGAAGGACAACAUGUACUGGGAGAAGAGACGCAAGAACAACGAGGCAGCCAAACGCUCGCGGGAGAAGAGGCGCCUGAAUGACUUUGCCAUGGAGAGCCAGUUGGCUGCGCUCAGCGAGGAGAAUGCCAUCCUCAGGACGGAGCUGCUGGCCCUCAAACUGCGCUUUGGGCUCAUCAGCCCCGAUGCCAGCACCCAUCAGGGCCGCUCUCUGCAGGAUUUCCUGGGGAUUUAUUUCCGAGGGCAUAAAACGUUCUCGCCGUUCCCUGAAGCAGAGCCCUUUGCUGGGGAUUCCUGCCUCUUCACAAAGAGCUUCGUGCCGAAGGUGCUGGAGCCAUCCGACUAUUCAUGCAAACCCUUUAACCCAUCUACAAACUUCCUUAGCAGCAACUCAAAGCCAGCUGCUAUGGACACACCUGGCUUUCACCAACCAAAGAGGCUCGAUUCAGCCUUCAGACCCACAGUUUGCUCUCCUUUCCUCGAUUACCACUGCCCAGACAAACAUGCAUUCCAUUUGCCUUUCUCAGGCAGUGCCUGCUUCUCAUCCCCUUGUCCUGGUCUGGCAGAGGUGAGCAAGGAGAGCACCACAACUGGCUCAGAUGAAGAUGAUGAGCAGCAAGUGCCCAAAACAUCUCCUCCACCCCCAUGUAGCUUGCCCUCCCCUUUGGAGGAUCACCCGAAAGGCCGAAGCUCUUCAGCUCUGCCUCACAAACUCCGCAUUAAGACCAGGUUGCUUAGGAUCCCAUCCAACCUUGAAGUGUGAAGGGAUGAUGGGCAGGAAGAGGCAAAGACAGUGGAGGUGGUGUCCACACCAUGGAACACAAUAGUGGCUCCACACCACUGCUACAGCUGCUGGGUGUGACCACCAUUUUAAUUCCCUUUGCUUUGUCAUCACCUCCAUCUUCACAAACGGGGCUGAAAAUCUAAUUGUUUAGCACUGGAAAUUGUGGAUGGAAAGAGUUUUGUACCCUCCAGCUGUCUGGAGCAAGAAAAAGGAAUAGCAAUAAGAAGGCAGCAGAUUCACGCUGGCAUGAACUGAGAGCAGAACCUGGUCCAUUUUAUUCUCACUUUGUCAUAAUUUAUCCUCAUAGGGAACAAACUCUUUUUCUCUUUGACUGGAGACAGCGUG